CAUGGUAACAGUUCUUGUAGUGGCGUUUAGUUUCCUUUUGCAUUAUAAAUUACAUUUUCCCAGUUCUCUGUCUGUCUGGCUUUACGGCGGUUGUGAAAUGGCUCAUGUCCGGACCUAUAAUCCGCGCGUCCGUGUGGGCAACUGGAAAGAAGACGUGACUUUAGAAGAGGAAACUCUUAAGGACUUCAUCCUGCAAAAAGACAGAGGCGAACUCACAGUUCAGAAAGAAGGAGCUAUUAGACAAAACAUCCUGAAACCAGUGAGUUUAUCAGUGUCGCCGGAUGGCUUUUUGCACUUCGGAGACACAGUCAUGCUGGUGAACUCUGGAGGUGGAGAGCACGAGCAGCGUGGCUCCAGUGUCCUCAGCAUCAUUGCCGACAGCAGUAAUAUCGCAUCACAGUCUGACACGAAUUCAGUCCCCCGCCUUCUCGGGCCCCUCCACGUAGGAGGAGCCCACAGCAUGACCCCUUGUGUUAGAAACGCCUUUAUCAUUACAAGUGUUGAUGGGACCUCAGAUGGAGAGGUGCUCAGAUACGAUCAAAGCUUUGCCCUGAGAACGACCGCAGGCUUUGCCGGAGAGCUGUUCCUUGCCAGUGAUCACAGAACAUUUCUGAAGUGUGCUAAGAAGUCUCGACUGCAGGAGUUGAGCUUACUAGAGGAGUUUGAUUUCCUGUGCUGGUGGAAGGUGAUUUACUUUGACCCCCAAGAAAGGAUUGAAAAUGAAGGAUACCCUGUUCAGGUGAACUGCAAGGUUUUGAUUUCCCACUGUAAGACCAAUCAAUGUCUGGCUGCCCUGGGCAAUCACAUCCUAUGGACUCCGUUUGGUAAAGAGUACGAACUCACUGCUCACACCUUCUUGGACUCCCAUAAAGCUGAGCGGGACAAUAACCACUGGCUGUUUAUCAUGGCUCAUUCUGCCAAUCAAAAUCAGAGCCUGAUGCAACAAGACUCGGACAUAAAAGAUGAGAAGCAGAGAGAAAACCAAGAGGACACGCAAGUAAAUGAGUGCACUUAGAAAGAACAGAGAUGUCAGGGUGACGUUUGUGUGUCUCUCACCAAUUGCAACUGCAUAAAGAAAAACAAUUCACAACACAGAAUGGGUGCCAGACCUCGCUCUGAAUCUGUGCGUAUGUUUGUAGAAAGUGUGACCCUGUGGGCAUGAGUAUAUUUGUAGCAGUAGACAAAAAUACAUUAUAUGGGUCAGAAUGAUCGAUUUUUCUUUUAUGCCAAAAAUCGUUAGGAUAUUAAGUAAAGAUCAUGUUCCAUGAAAAUAUUUGUAAAUAUUCUAUUGUAAAUAUAACAAGAGCUAAAACUAAAAACUUCAUUUGGACAAUUUUAACGGUGAUUUUUUUUUUUUUUUUUUGCACCCUCAGAUUCCAGAUUAUCACAUAGCUGUAUCUCAGCCAAAUUUGGUCCUAUCAUAACAAAACAUACAUCAAUGGAAAUCUUAUAUAUUCAGCUACAGAUGAUGUAUAAAUCUCGGUUUCAAAAAAUUGACUCUUAUGACUGGUUUUGUGGUCCAGGGUCACAAAUAUCUGUGGCUAUAAAACCUAACAUAGUGAAAGCACCAUCAAAUGGACUCAAUAUAUGUAUUCAAACUCAAAAUAUUAUAUUAUAUUAUAUUGUAUUAUAUUAUAUUAUAUGUCCAGUGGAUACUUUUCAGGGUAGAAACCCUGAAGUCGGGGAAUCCCCACUAUGAUAUCAAAACUGUUUGUUUGCACUCAUGCUUAAAUAAUGAUGUGGUCAGUACACUCA